AUGGCCGCCGACCUGGUCCGCGAGUUAUUGGAAACAGUAGAGAAGUCCUUAGACGCAAGGCAGCAACGAGACAUUGUCAGGGCGCCGAUGACCGCGACCCAGCGACAGGAGCUGAUCACUCUCUUGGUGGAGAAGAGUGACCAGCUCAAGAGUAAGAGUAUCCUAUAUAAACCAGCUUCGACGAUCGGGUUACUUGAGACCGCCAACCUAUCCGCCGUGGUCGGCCAGCUGGAUCAUCCCGACGUCGAUAACAAAGAAGGGUUGGACGAGGAGCGAUUGGGAAGAUGA